AUGUCAGAAUUUAAUAUUAGAUAAUUACUCUAUUAAGAAAAAUAUCAACAAGACAGUUAGUAUUAUUUAAAAUUUAAGGCGUACAUACUAGAUGUGUAAAAAAAUUGUAAAAAACAAGAAUUUACAGCUUGGGUAUAAAAUGAUUAUAUUAAAGAUUGAAAUCAAAGAAAUUGUAAACGAAAGAUAAAGAUUAAUUCUUUUUACUAAAGAUUGGUUGAGAUCAUUUCCUGCUUCAAAAAUAAAAAACAAAAAAAAAUAAGGCAAAGAAAUAAUUGUUAUAUGGGAAAUUCCUAUAAAUCAUAUGUUUUUUCCUUGUCCUUAAACAAAGAUAGUAGAAGGGCAAAUUCUAUUUUAUAAUUUGAAAAAAUUAACUUUAACAUACAAACGAAAUGAUGAUUAAGAGAAUGUUUAAAAAAAAGAGUAUAAAAUUUUAUUUGAAAAAUUCUACUUGGAAAAACCUUUCAAUCAGUCAAAUAAAGAUGUAAUGAAUGAUGAACUUAAAGAAUAUGCUUUAUAUCAAUAAAUAUUAGUAGGUGGGCAAAUUCAAAUUAAAAUUUUAGGGAAAAAUACUCUGUUUAAGGAGAAUGAAAGUAUAGAAAUCAAAUUAGAAGGUAAUUUUUCUUAAAUUAUUCCAUCUGAAUUCAAAGCUCAUUUAUGUGAAAAAAUUAUUUUUGAAGGAAAGGUGUUGUCCGAACGUCGACUAUGUGAAUUACAAAAAAAAGAAUAAAAAAAUGAAGAUAAUACUUUAGUCACUUUUACAAGCUCAAUCAAUCAAGUUGCAAAUUAAAUGAGACUUUUAUAUUUAGGAAGUUAAAUAUAAUGCCAUCACAUCAUUAAAAUCAAUAUUUAGCUAAAAAAAAAGUUUUUCUUUGAUUGUUGUAAUAGAAUCUUUAAUAUUAUUAUUCCAAUCGAAGUAAUUGAUCAAAAUUAAGAAAUUAGAAUAGUAUAAGAAAAUGAGAAUAAUUUUGGGAUAUAUAAUUUAGUGUAGAAUAAUGAGAUUAAAGCAAAAUUAUGUCCAUAGUUAUGCGAUAAUUACAAAAGUUAUAUGAAAACUAAAAUUAUAUAAAUCAGAUGA